UUAAAAUUUUAAACCUCUUUUUGAAACCCUAAUUGAAACCUCUUUUUGCUGCGUAACCUCGGUAAUUCUCGUAACACCUAGAAUCUCCUUCCGUUUUGAGGAUUCAACCCGCACCUUUUAAGUUCUUUGUAUUCUUCGGCUGGAGAUAGAGAAUUCAAAGUCGGCGAUAGAGAAUUACCAGCGCGACUCCGGUUAUUCAAAGUCGGCGAUAGAGAAUUACCAGCGCGACUCCGGUUUGAGAUGGAGGCGGACAGGUACACUUGAACUCCGGUUUCCCGAAUUUUCGAUUCAUUUGUUCAAAUGUUUGAUUCGCGAGAUCAUGAGUAACGAGACUGUUAGGUUAGGAUUCAUGGACAAGCUAUUUGACACUGAUUAUCGUUCUUCCUUCUCAGUCCCAUGGGUUUAUUUUGGUCUCUGGUUCGACUUUGAUUUUUAGCUUUUUUUGUUAAAUUUGGUGUCUGUGAAGAAUCAUUCUUUAUCAUGUCCUCUUUAUAUCUUAAUCAUGAAGUUUGACUCAACGGAUUUGAUGUUUGGUGACUAUGUUUUGAUGUUUAUCUCUGUUUGAUGUGUAUGUUUUGAUUUUUAACUUUUUUUUUUGUUAAAUUUGGUGUCUACGAAGAAUCAUUCUUUAUCAUGUCCUCUUUAUAUCUUAAUCAUGAAGUUUGGCUCAACGGAUUUGAUGUUUGGUAACUAUGUUUUGAUGUUUAUCUCUGUUUGAUGUGUAUGUUUUGAUGGCUACUAGGUUCUGAUUUUGUUUUGGUUCUGAUAGAGAGUUUUGGUUUUGGUUCUGUGAUUGAAAGUGAUAUUCUAGGAUUUUGAUUUUUGGUUUGAAUUUUGAUUUGAAUUUUGAUUUUGAUUUUGAUUUUUGAUUUUUCUUUCCCCAAUAAAUUCGUGUUGGUUUGAAUUUUGUUUUUGAAUUUUGAUAUUUUAGAUCGGUUCCAGUUGCUAAACCGAAACUCUUCUUCCCUCCAACCUCUUUCAAUAAGACAUGUAAAAUCAGUUCAAUGUCUUCUCCCGACAAGACUGUUCCAUACUUAUGGAGUAAACUUUCUGAUUGGGAAAUUAGCUGGUUUUUGAAACACCCUCAGUUUAAACACAUUUUCGAUAGGCCUAGGGAGAGGUUUCAUAAAUGCAAGGGAAUGUGGAGUUUAGUUCUCCGUACUGUUAAUAUGAAGAAGAAGCAGAACGAGUUAUGGUUUGUUGUUAAUGGUGUCCCUAUUCGAUACUCGAUUAGGGAACACGCGUUAAUUACCGGACUAGAUUGCAGAAAGCUUCCAGAUAAUUAUGAGGAAGAAUUAGAGAAAAAAUUUGGUGGUGAUGGAUUUAUUAACAAGUACUUUAAAGAGGGAGAUAAGAUAUCUCUCGAAGCUGUGUUUGAAAAACUACAGUCGAUGGAGGAAGUAGAAGGUGAUGAUGAUAGAUUGAAAAUGGCAGUAUUAUACUUCCUGGGAUCCGUGAUCAAUCCAAAGAAGAAAAAGAGUGCAAAGAUAGACUCUUUCUUGGUAAAUAUUGUCAGUGAUUUGGAAUUAUGUAAGAGUUUUCCGUGGGGAACCUUCACGUUCAUUCAUUGUAUAGACAAUAUUCGUCGAUGGAUAAAAAUGUUCAAGAGUAAACCGAAAUCUUCAUGGACUAUUCCCGGCUUCACUAUUGCAAUUGAGGUACCAUUUUUUCUCUUUUUUCUUCUCUGUUGUUAUUAUUUCAUUCUUGUUCUUAUUUCCAACUUUGUGCAGAUUUUAGCUUUUGAGUGUAUUCAACCACUCAAAAGCAAAUUUCGAGAAAACGUAGACCACAGAGACAAUGGAUGUCCACGUAUGUGUCGGUCGAAAUUCAAACACACAGGUGACACGGGAUAUUCACUGGACGCGAUAUACGAAGCAAUUGGAACUACGAAGGAGAUUCUGAGUUUUUUGGUCCCUAAUCCGGAGGAGCAACAUCUUUUAGCUAACAUCUUUAUUGACGAGGAAGAUACUGACUCGGUGGCUGACUCUUGGAACGACCUUCUAACGCAGCAAAACAAGGUGCUAUUUUGGAAUGAUCUUUAUGAGGAAGAUCAGUCGAACAGAGAAAUUGUAGAAUCAACCAAGACAACCAAGAGAACAAACAACCCCAGAGGCAAGAAAAGAAAAGGAAGUGAUAAAGAGCUAAGAGAUUUGCGGUUACAAGUUGGUGGCUUAAAAAAACGGAUGGUGGCUGUAGAAGCAUUGUGUCCUAAUGGAGCAAGGGCUACUGGUGCGAAAAAUAAUGAUGACAUGAAUCAAGAAGAGCACAGGGAGCACGAAGAAGAAGAUGCCCUGCACAUGACUCAAGUAGCGACCCUGAAUGAUCCCAGUGAGCACGAAGAAGAAGAUGUUGAUAAUGGUAAUUAUGUCGAGUUCGAGGAGUCACAGCCUCAAUCUUCUCCUUUUCAGACUGAAGAGAUCGCAAAGCUUAAGGAGUCCAAGAAGAAGGCAGAGAAGCCACUACCUCCAUCUCAAGUGGUAAAUGAGCCUUUCAAGUGCAACUUGAUCAACCAUAAUGGAAAUAAUGAUGUUGUUGCAAUAGGAUGUUGCUAUCCAAGCCGUGGAUUUCUCCACAAUGUACCCGUGAAGCCUGAUGAAGUUGUUGUGACAGUGUCUGAGGUCAAGAUAGACAUACGUCUUUGGGCACCAGUAGAUGACAUUGCGAUGCUAAGAAAUGCAAUUAGCCAAUUCAUUGUCUGGCAAAAAAAAAUGGUAGUACAUUAUGAGGAGGAGAAAUCAGAGGAUCAAAUUGAGAGGAAUUCUAACACAGAACAGCAAAUGGACGAGAACGGACGGAAACUAACGGGAACGGACGAGGAAGAAGAGCGGGUACAGACGGGUUCUGGUGGAAAUGGAUCAGAAGAUGUGCCGGUUGAGAAAAAGCUACGUGUCUAUGUUAGAAAACGAGUUGUUUUCAAGCCGACCGCACCCAGGAAACGAAAUCCACCCAGGACAGGAAAUCCAGAGAAAUCCAUAUAUGGACGCCAAUAUGUGAAAACCAAUAGAUUAACGCCGUCCGCAUAUAAGUAAAUGGACCACGAAGAAGCCAGGUGAAAGAAUGUUGGUGGCAGAACUCAGAACUCUUGUCUCUAGUAAAGUAAACACUUGGUAUGAAGUAAAUGGACCACGAAGAAGCCAGGUGAAAGAAUGUUGGUGGCAGAACUCAGAACUCUGUCUC